UCGCCAAUCUAUAUACGCCACACAGAGGUGUUUGGACAGUACACUGCCUGGGUACAAGGCUGCAUGCGGAUAGAGUAGCUAUAGGGUCACUCUAAACUUUGUGCUGUGAUAUUGUCAGCAAAAAGUGAUUUAGAGUAGAUUGGGACCUCAGCACAAUAUGAUGAGGGAUCUCUCUACUCAGUGUUUGUUUGCGUAACAAUCUGUAAGAAUGAAGGGUUCCCUGUGACACAGAAAUGUAAGGGUGGUAGACUGGCCGGACGCAAUCGCGGGCCCGCGUGGGGUUGAUUAUUAUAGCCAUUGCGGGGGCAGUCGCGCUCGGCCGCGGAUCCACUGUCUACUGUGGAAAAAUGAAGUGCAUCGUGCUGACUCUUUCUCUUCUUGUGGCUGGAGGGUGUCUUCUGCGGACAGCUAACGGCCAGUGCCAUAUUACCAUCAUUGGACACGAAGACUGCUACAUAGCUGGAUUCCAGCAAGACGUGACCUGCGUUUUCAGUUGCCAGAACGUGGCCAGCAUCCAGUGGUCCUGAUUUUUGGAGAGUACAUGCUACCUAUAGGGAGUCCCAGUACUGACACUGAAGCAGUGCUGUCCGUGAAUCUCCAGAUACGUAAUAACGGGACACAGUACAAAUGUGUAGUCAGAGAUACAUCUAACGUUGGGUAUAUGGAGACAAUCACCGUUUAUGUCAGAGAGCUGGAACACUCACUCAGCAUCAGUGCCUCGCAGAAGAAUCCGGUGGUAGCUGGUACUCCGCUGACCCUCACCUGUACAGCAGUGAGCAGUAGACCCGCUCAGCUCAACUGGAUCAACUCAGAUGGGGCCACAGUCACCUCCACUUCUUUCAUCACCGUGUCUCAACAAGUUGUUGUUGGAUUGACUACCACGUCCACCUUCACAUUUGACCCUCUCAAGACGUCACAUGCAGACACCUAUACCUGCUCCUGUGUCAUUGAUUAUCCCAGCUCAGUUGCCACAACCACUCACCAAGUCAUCGUCCAGAGUAAAGUGUUACACACAGAAAAGACCCUGUGUAGUUUGUACAGUCCCAGCUUUUUAUAUGGACUCAGAACCUAGCAUAUUACAAAGCUACCGGGGAUGGAUUUUGUAGGGCAGAGGGCUAAAGCCACACCAUUAUAGUGCAUAGGGUGGGCAAGCUACAGUAAAAUCAUGCUGAUGUAGCUACCCCAUGCUCUUCUUAACACAGUGUUCAGCUCAUGCAACAGUUAGUGCUGGGGAAAAAUGCUGGCAAAUGAGUAAUAGUUCAACUUUUUAAAGGGGGAAGAAUGGUGUCACUGUCUAUGAGCACACAGUAGAAUUGACGACAAGAAAAUUGCCCUAUUUAGAGAAGUGUCUCGCUCAUUAAGAAUAGCUGAUGCAUGUGCAUGUGUGUGUGUAGCUUGUAACAAAGUUAUACUCUUUCAGCAAGAUGGAGUAUAGGAACAAUGAGCUGGACGAAAAAACUAAUAAGGGCUACUAUAGUAACUGCAGCUAGCUACAAUUCCCACGGAGCAUGUGCUCAGAGCAAAACAAAGUAAAGUGUUAGCACACAUUCUUUAUACAGGUUCUUUUGCAACCUGCCCGUUAUCCACACUGUAUUAUGAUUUCCUCUCCUACAGUCCCGCCACCAAUUGUGGGCAUUGUGAGCGACCCUCCUCCCUCACAGGGAGUGUCGACUGGUGACACUCUCACCAUAACAUGCACUGCAGUCGUCUCAAACUGUGUUGACACACCGACCACAGUCGAUACACGAUGGACUGACAGAAACUCUCUCCGCGAUGCUCCCCGUGUGACUGUCACCCAAGUAUCUACCACACCACCAUAUGAGGUCUCUGUCUCCAUAUCUUCCCUCAUAUCCAGCGACACCGGAACCUAUGAGUGCUGUGCUCAGAUCCAUUCUGUGGGAACUCCGUUGGUUAAUGACAGUGACCUGGUUCAUAACUCCAUCGAUAUAUCUGCCUCUCUCAGUGUGGAGGUCCUGGUUGAUUACGAGGUCCCCUGUGAUUAUGAGUAUCCUAGUCCACCAUACUAUCGUCCGUGCACCCCAAUCUCUCUGCGGUGUGAGGCACGAGGGGCAUCGGGAAGAGUCAACUACCGCUGGAGCUCUACAAACAGUGCUAGUUUCGUGAGUGGUGGGACAAACAUGACUGUUUCUACCGACAUGCUCACUUACCUGGACGGCGGCUUACACACCUGCUGUGCACAUGAUGCACAAGGAAACCGUGGUUGUGACAGAGUGGAGAUGGUUGUUAAAGGGAUGGGACUGUACAUUGAUGACAGCGAGUACAUCUCUGGAGCUGCAGUUGCAAAUAACUCGAUUGUGGUUCCCAGAUCCUCAUCUUGUACCAACUGCAAACUCGACAUCUACUGUUGCACAGACAGAGCAGGGCUCCAAAUGGAGUUUGUGUUCCCCGACGGCAUCAAGAAGACAACGACCAAUGACUACUACAACAUGGAAGUGGAGCGGCUGACUAGCACGGCUAAAAUUCGAGCCUUCAACCACCUCUCCUACUACCCACAGCUCUAUGGGCUCUAUUGCUGCAACGUAGGAUCUCCGGCUCUGACCAGCAGUGUAGCUGUUUACUCCUCCCUACCAGGGCCACCAAGGGUAUAUUCCAGUGGUUUUGAGAUCAACGAAGACCCAGAUUCUGACUGCAUCAUCAGUAUCAUUUGCAGCACGUCGGACUCGCCACCAUCCAAAGUGAAGUGGUGUAGAAACGGGGUACCGAUCACCAUUGAUGGCACCGACUACGAGGCAGAGCAACAAGUGACUGACCGACGAAACUUGUACUACGACAAUGUCCUCCACGUGAAGAACUCUGAGUUUGCGGCAGGCAGACAUCAGUUCGAGUGCAAGAUUAACAAUUCGCGAGGCAGCCAUGCUCACACCGUUGAAACCAAUGUUCCUGUGUACAACGAGACUGUAAUAACAUCUGAAGGGUCUGAGUUUUCAGGGGAGCGUCAUGUCCUUACCUGUACCGCAACACUCCACGAAAAACUCAAGAACCUCCUUCGGUUUGUGAGGAUAGAGUGGGUGGGGCCAUCUGGCCUCUCCAUGACAAAAGAAAACAUGAUUGAAGUCGGUGGAGUGACGUACAGCGAGUGUGGCGUGUCACGAACUCUCACCUUUGACCCCCUGAAAACCACCCACUCGGGGCUCUAUCGCUGCAUCCUUUCCAUCACCAAGGAAGAGCUCACUCCUUUCUUUCAGAGAGAGAUUCGUCACGACCUUUUCGUCAUCACUAUUGGCCUAUUCCAGCUACAGUUUGGUCCUGUGUCAGACAGCAGCACUUGUGCUGGAGACCCGGUUAGAGUGUAUCGACAUCACAAUGAAACCCGACCUAGCAGUAGACUAAUCCAUAACAAGUCUUAUCCAUACACUACGAUUUCAGUAAAUAAUGAUGUAGCUAGAUUCCCUGUAAGAUCUACUACUUGUAUAUACAGAUUUCAAUGUAGAUGUAUAUAAUGUACAAAGUGUGAUAUACUUCUGUGAUACCGUAGCUGUGAUAAAUACUCUGUACCUUAUAUACCUGUGAUAAAGACUUUACCUUAGCUGUGAUGAAUCUCUUCUUUCCUCCUCAAUGCUGACAGAAUCUAUUUGCUGCUCUGGAGUCGAACCUCAAGACCACCCUGACGAAUGCAAUCAAUGAACGCUGCCACUGUGAUUUCGAGGAGAAAUCCAUUGACCUCGGGGAGAUUAGCUAUCACUACACAAUCGGAAGAUCUGCUGUAUACAGGGCUCGACUGACGGCCACAGUGUACACGGCUGAGCAGCUGCUGGCCAUGGUCCAGGACUGGGCCACCUCUGAUGGGACGUUCCUCUUCAACUACCACGGCAGGAUAAGGCUGAGGGUCAACCCUCUCUGCCAACCUCUCGCCAUAGACUCUUUCACUGAGCCCGAGUGUGGACAGAGUGUUGCAGAUGUAAACAGCAAAAUAUUCCCACCUUUUUAGGUGUGGUCUAAAGUGACAAGCUACUAUAUAGUCUGACAGUGCACAUAAUUAUGUUAUAGACACACUAUUUUGGUUGUUUCUCUCUUGCAUUCCCCUUGACUGUAUGCUUGGUAAUAAAAAUCUAUAUAUAUGCUGCGGCUGUGCACGUGAUCAGUUCGCGCUCGCAUGCGCGUAAGCCACAUCGUACUUGCGCGUCUCACUCUAGACUACUACCGAAU